AUGGUGCUCUGGGGCUUCAGAUGGCUCAGACUCUUUCUCAAUCCUUUCUCCAAAGAUAGUUUUGAGCAUAUCAGUGAAUCCGAUAGACGACUUUACAUCCUCGAACGACUCGAGGGCGCAGAAUUCUCAGAAUGGUCAUGGGUAGUAAUCGUUGCCGGGGUCGGCUUCUUCACCGAUGCCUAUGCCAUCUUUGCCAUCAAUAUGGUUGUUCCAAUGCUCGGGAUAAUAUACUAUGCCGACAAUAACGGUGUCAUGCCCCAUAACUACGACAUUGCCUUGAGCGUGGUUACUCUUGGAGGAUCGAUCAUUGGACAAAUUGGGUUCGGUUUUGCUGCUGAUAUAUGGGGCAGACGAAAGAUGUAUGGGACGGAAUUGGUCAUCACUAUUGCUGCGACUCUUGGGAUUGUCAUGUCGUCGAACGGAACCGAGGGAUCUAUGUCAGUGAUUGCAUGGUUGUUGGUAUGGCGAUUUGUGCUUGGGAUAGGCAUUGGUGCUGAGCAAAACGAACAAUCGUCUAAUAUCGGUUCUAGGUUUGCGCCCACACGACUAAGAGGCAGGAUGUUAACAGCUGUAUUCAUGUGUCAACCUCUUGGCCAGCUCGCGGCCACACUCGUGACGUUGAUUGCCACAGCCAGACAACGAAAUAGCAUUCCUGCAGAUGCAACCUCCCAAUCUUGUGAUGCUCAAUGCAGAAUGACCUUGGAUUCAAUUUGGCGCUGGAUCAUUGGUGUUGGAGUUAUCCCCGCAGUUGUUGCUCUGUGGUUUCGACUCACCAUCAUUGAAUCACCAAGAUACACCGCAGAUGUCGGACGCGACACCCGCAAAGCAGCUUCAGAAUUAGAUCGAUACCUGCUUAUGCAAACAGCAGCUCUAUCGGCCAUAUCCAUCUCAAUCCACUCGUGGGUAGCUAGCGAGGACGGACAUAUCUCUCGAACUUCAUCGCCACUUCCAUACCAACCAAAGACCACUCAAGAUCCCGAAGAACACUUCCUCGAAGUCCUAGAACCUGAAGACGCAGAAAUUCCCACGCCCCCAGCCCCAUCCUGGAAAGACUUCAAACAAUACUUCUGGCACGAUGGCAACCUUCGAACUCUGAUCGCAACCUCCUUCUGCUGGUUCUGUGUCGAUCUGCCGUUCUACGGCCUCGGAAUGAAUUCUCCAAAGAUUAUCACCACGAUCUGGUAUGGUAAAAACCCGCCCCCGAUACAAAUAUACUCCAUUAUCACGCACAACGUCUGGCAAAGUCUGAUUAUCGUGUCACUUGGCGCAAUAACCGGGUGCGCCAUCACGCUGGUAGCAAUCGACAAGCUGGGCCGGCGAAAUAUCCAAAUCAACGGCUUCUUUUGGCUCUUCAUUCUCUUCGUCGUGAUCGGCGGAUCCUUCAACCAUCUGUAUGAAAUAGGGGGGUCAUCUGCCAUCAUUGUACUGUACAUUUUGUGUCAAAUAUUCUUCAAUUUUGGUCCAAACACCACUACAUACAUUAUGCCAGCAGAACUCUUCCCCACACGGUACCGCAGCCUGUGCCACGGCAUCUCCGCCGCCUUCGGGAAACUAGGUUCUGUGAUUGCCCAGCUAUUCCUAGCCUACAUAAACUACGGCCACGGGAUCGACUACCAGAAGAUCAACAAAUGGCUUCCUUACUCACUCCUCAUUUUCUCAAUAUUCAUGCUCCUCGGCCUCCUAACCACAAUCCGCAUGCUGCCCGGCGAUGAAACAAACCCCGACACCACCAUCAAAACACUCGAGCAAUGGGCCCUCGGCCGCCCGGUUCCCAACGCCUUCGCCACCCACCCACUCUCUCUCUUCACCGCCCGCACCUGGCAUCUCGUCGUCCACGUGGCCGACCGAAUAUACAUGCUUGCAGAUGGGCUGCUGGGAGGAGAAGAGAAGGAGAGGCGGGAGGGGCUGAAGAAGCAGAAACACGAGACGGAGAUGGAGAUGCGGCAUAUUGAGGAGUUGAGUCGCGGACCAGGGAGUUUUAGGGAUAUGGAUGGCGAAGGGGGGGGAAGGGGACCGAGUCCGUUUGUUAGUGGACACGUUGAUGGGAAUUCGCCGGGGCAUUUGAGUCCUGAUGUUGGGAGGUGA